AUGGCAACCACUUUGGAUGAAUUAUUAGGCGAAAACCUUCUUCAACAUGAUGAAUCAAACAAAGAAUCAAGUAAAACACCAACUAAUCAAUUGAAUGGCAAAGUUGUAGCACUUUAUUUUUCAGCACAUUGGUGUCCGCCAUGUCGAAAUUUUACACCAAAACUCGCUGAAAUCUUCAAGGACGCUAAGGAUGAAGUCAAAGAUAAAUUAGAUAUUGUCUUUGUUUCAUGUGAUCAAGAUGAAGAAGGUUUUAAUAAAUAUUUUAAUGAAAUGCCAUGGAAAGCAUUACCUUUUUCUGAACGAGAUCGUGCAAAAACAUUAGGUGAAAAAUUUGAAGUUGUAGGUAUACCAUCUUUAGUUGUACUUUCUUCAUCAUGUGAAGUACUUGUUGCUGAUGGUGUUGAUGAAAUCCGUAGUGCAUCGAAAGAUGCUUUACUUAAAUGGUCAGAAGGAAAACGUUUAUUUUGGUCUCGAGAAGCAAAAGAAGGUGAACAUGUUUGGGAAGGUACUAGUUGCACUCAAUGCUAUAUGAAUCCUUUAAUUGGUACACGUCAUGGUUGUCCAAAUCGAGAAUGUGAUGUUAAUUUAUGUGAUACAUGUUUACCAAAUAGUAAACAUGAACAUUCUCUUGUUGAAUAUCUUGCACCGAAAAAACAUUAUUCAUUAGAACAACUUUUAAAAUCAGUUCCUUAUUUACUCAAUCCAGAUAAUGAUGAAAAAAUUGAAACAAAAACAUUAUGGGAAGAUGAUGUUAAAAGUGUUGGAUUUUAUUUUUCUGCUCAUUGGUGUCCACCAUGUCGUAGUUUUACACCAAAAUUAGUAGAAGCAUUUAAAGAAGCACAAAAAGAUUCUCAAUCAUUUCGUAUGAUUUUUAUUUCAAGUGAUAGAGAUCAAGAAUCAUUUGAUGAAUAUCGUAAAACAAUGCCAUGGCCUGCUGUUCCAUUUGAUUCAACUGCUCUUCUUAAAGCAUAUUUUCAAUGUUCUGGUAUUCCAUCAUUGGUCGUUCUCAAAUCGGAUGGAAAUAUCUUAACACGUCGCGGUCGUGAUAAUGUUGGACGUAAAGGCGUUGAAACUUUAAAAGUAUGGGCAAAAGGAGAAAAUUUACCUCGUCCUCCACCAGAGGAGUACGAAUGGGCACAUGUUUCAUGUGAUGGAUGCAAUGCAGCUCCUCUCAUCGGUAAAAGAUACAGUUGCUCUACAUGUGGCAACUAUGAUCUAUGUUCUGCAUGUGAAAAGAAAGGACAUGAACAUCCACUUACAGAUGUACCACAACCAGAUGAUAACGAAGAUGAUUAG